AUUAAAAUCAAACAAUUCAAUUAAAAUUGUGUACAAGAAUCUUCAUCAUCGUUCAGCAUUGAUAUUUUAAAAUUGUUAUAUAUAAAAAAAACCUCUGCAAAAAGUGAAUCAAUUCAACUACACUCGUACAUGUAUAAAUUAACAUUUUUCACAACAAUUAUUAAGCAAAACAAAAUAUAAGGGGUCGAAUUUGAUAAACUUACAAAAACAAAAAUAAAAAAUCACACAAGAAUAAAUACUAAUUGUAACAGUGUCAUCAUCAAUGUCACCAACAUCUAUCGACAACAGCAGCGUCCUCGACAACAUCACCAGCAGCAGUAAGCUGUGUAAAUAAAAGAAAUUAAAUCGAAAUUAUAGAGGGCAAUUAAAAAGCGUUUAAUUAAGCAAACGCUGUAAAACCAAAAAGAACAACCACACACUCACUCUUUCUCUCAUCUGCACGUCAGACAUCAUCAACGCCACAGCAACAGUUGCAGCUAAAAAAUGGGAACCGGCCAUUACUUUUGGGCGAUAUUCUAUUUUGCCAGUUUAUGUAGUGCAUCACUAGCUAAUAAUGCCAAAAUAAAUUUCCGAGAAAAGGAGAAAAAAGUCUUAGAUCAAAUUUUAGGUGCAGGCAAAUAUGAUGCAAGAAUACGACCUUCCGGUAUUAAUGGAACGGAAAAUUUACCCACGUAUGUCUAUGUCAACAUGUUUCUACGCUCAAUUUCAAAAAUCGACGACUACAAAAUGGAAUACAGUGUGCAGUUGACAUUCCGUGAACAGUGGACGGAUGAACGUUUGAAAUUUGAUGACAUACAAGGUCGUCUCAAAUAUUUGACAUUGACAGAAGCCAAUCGUGUUUGGAUGCCUGAUCUGUUCUUCUCCAAUGAGAAAGAGGGUCAUUUCCACAAUAUCAUUAUGCCAAAUGUUUACAUACGUAUUUUUCCAAAUGGUUCAGUUCUGUACAGUAUUCGUAUCUCACUGACAUUGGCAUGUCCCAUGAAUUUGAAAUUAUAUCCAUUGGAUCGUCAAAUUUGUUCACUACGUAUGGCCAGUUAUGGCUGGACUACAAACGAUCUUGUCUUCCUAUGGAAAGAGGGUGAUCCUGUACAAGUGGUAAAGAAUUUACACCUACCUCGCUUUACACUCGAAAAAUUCUUGACUGAUUAUUGCAACAGUAAAACCAAUACGGGUGAAUACAGUUGCCUCAAAGUCGAUCUACUAUUCAAGCGAGAAUUCUCAUAUUACUUAAUUCAAAUUUAUAUCCCAUGCUGUAUGCUGGUAAUUGUCUCAUGGGUGUCAUUCUGGCUUGAUCAAGGUGCUGUACCAGCUCGUGUAUCAUUGGGUGUUACCACUCUCCUAACAAUGGCUACACAAACAUCGGGUAUUAAUGCUUCACUGCCGCCAGUCUCAUACACAAAGGCCAUUGAUGUUUGGACUGGUGUGUGUUUGACGUUCGUAUUUGGUGCCCUGCUCGAAUUCGCCUUGGUGAACUAUGCGUCCCGCUCAGGUUUGAAUAAAGCUAACAUGCACAAGGAGAAUAUGAAAAAGAAACGACGGGAUUUGGAGCAGGCCAGUAUAGAUGCUGCUUCAGAUUUAUUGGAUACAGACAGCAAUGCAACAUUUGCAAUGAAACCUUUGGUACGUCAUCCGGGUGAUCCAAUGGCAUUGGAAAAGUUGAGACAAUGUGAAGUUCAUAUGCAGCCACCAAAACGUCCAAACUGCUGUAAGACUUGGCUGUCAAAGUUCCCCACAAGAUCGAAGAGAAUCGAUGUUAUAUCACGAAUAACAUUUCCCCUGGUCUUCGCCUUAUUCAAUUUGGUCUACUGGAGCACCUACCUGUUCCGUGAAGAGGAGGAUGAGUAAAUGCCAAAAUAAAUUACAUUUUAAUUUUAAGAGCAAAACCUAAAGAUUUUACUAAUCAAUUAUAAAAUUUCUUCUUUUUUAUGUUUCCUUUUUUUAUAAACAUAUACUUUUUUAUAUUACUACGUUAUCGUUUACGUUUUCACUUUCACUUCUCUUGACGAUGUUUGUGUUAUUUUAUUUGUUAAAACCGAAAACCAAAAUGAAUAAAAACUAUAUAUAUCGAAACCAACCAACCAAAA